AUGCCCAGGGGUGAGACGUCAGAGGAUCACCUGUCUGCCCAGCAUGGUCAGGAGGAACAUGAAGCUCAAUCCCUUCUUUCGGCGGAGGAGGACGACAUAGCAUUCCAACCGAAGCCCGUUCCGUCGCCGAUCCCCUCACGCAACGCGACAAAUAGCCAACGCCACUCCUCGAUCUCCCAGCCCACAUUAAAUGGACAGCGCCGCACACCGCGUACCAUGAACCGAGUUCGAUUUGAUUUGGAGGAGGAGCCUAAAACCCCCGAACGCCAUUCCAUUGACCGUGCUACGAGUCCAGACGAUGAUAUAUGGCUCGAUGAUGAAGAUUACGAAUUGGAAAAUCGGGGCCCGGGAACACACCACAAUGGACAAUCAAUCCCUCUUCUCACAAACAUUGAAGCGCCUAGUGUGACUCUUGCGACAUCGGACGAGUUCUUCCCCGAAGAGCAUCUAGAGGAUGCGCGGCCAAGGAGUGGCAUGAAAAUGGCAUUCAUGAACAUGGCCAACAGCAUUAUUGGCGCUGGAAUCAUUGGCCAACCUUAUGCGCUUCGUCAAGCUGGUAUGACAACGGGAAUUUUGCUGUUGGCCGCCUUGACCUUUACCGUGGACUGGACCAUUCGAUUGAUUGUGAUCAACUCCAAAUUGAGUGGGGCAGAUUCAUUCCAGGCGACCAUGCAAUAUUGCUUCGGAAAGAGUGGCCUCAUUGCGAUUUCGAUCGCACAGUGGGCAUUCGCGUUUGGGGGCAUGGUGGCAUUCUGUAUCAUUGUUGGUGACACUAUACCGCAUGUCCUGGGAGCUUUGUUCCCGGCUCUUCGAGACAUGUCAUUUUUGUGGCUCCUCACUGAUCGCCGGGCUGUUAUCGUUAUCUUCGUCUUGGGUGUUUCGUACCCACUUUCUUUGUAUAGAGACAUUGCCAAGUUGGCGAAAGCAUCUGCAUUAGCAUUGGUCAGCAUGAUCGUCAUUGUGAUCACAGUUAUUACUCAAGGCUUUCGGGUCCCAUCUGAAGCACGCGGAGAGAUCAAAAGCCAGCUUAUAUUCAACUCUGGCUUUUUCCAAGCUGUUGGCGUUAUAUCCUUUGCAUUUGUUUGCCAUCACAACAGCCUUCUCAUCUACGGCUCCUUGAAGAGGCCCACCCUCGACCGUUUCACCAGAGUCACGCAUUACUCGACAGGAGUAUCUCUGGUCAUGUGUCUUGCCAUGGGCAUAGCAGGGUUUCUCUCCUUCGGGUCCAAGACCCAAGGCAAUGUUCUGAAUAACUUCCCAUCUGACAAUAUUGUUGUCAACAUUGCCAGAUUUUGCUUUGGCUUAAAUAUGCUCACUACUCUCCCGCUCGAGGCCUUCGUCUGCCGUUCCGUCAUGACGACUUACUACUUCCCAGACGAACCGUACAACCCGGCUCGGCAUAUCCUAUUUACGACAGCGCUAGUUGUGACAUCGUUGGGGUUGUCCUUGAUAACCUGUGAUUUGGGAAGUGUGUUUGAGCUCAUUGGGGCAACCAGUGCUGCCGCUUUGGCCUACAUAUUUCCUCCACUUUGUUAUAUCAAACUCAGCAGCGCUUCACGGCGGGAGAAGAUCCCUGCGUAUCUGUGUGUCUGCUUUGGUGUGAUUGUCAUGGGUGUGAGUGUAGUCCAGGCGGUUGCUAAGAUCAUUCGAAACGACGGCGAAGCUCAUUCAUGCAGUGCACCAUAG